CGUGCACUGCCGACAUCUUGGCUAACGCAACCGCAACUUAUUAGCGGCAAACAUAUGGUUUCAAUAUUCGAAAUGCCCUUUCACUUGUUACCCAUAAUCAAACCAAUUCUUCUCCCCCAAAACCCUAUCAAAACCCUAGUUUACACCACAACCAUGUCUUCUUGGUCAUGUUCAAGAUGCACAUUCUUGAACCCUCCUCUUUCAUCCCAAAAAUCAUCCUGCCAAAUCUGUUCAUCUGACCCACCCCCCUCCAUCUCAUCAGACCCAUCAAUUUCAGUCACGAAACUCAAAUGGGCAUGUAAAGCUUGCACCUUUUUGAACCCUUACCACAGUAUUAGUUGUGAUGUAUGUGGCACUAGGGCUUCAGCUUCUGGACUUGCUAAUCUUGAAACUGAUGAUGAUGAUGAUGAUGAGUUGGAUUCUUCUGUUGGCAGUGUUUUUAUGCCUUUAUUGAGGCCUUGUAAUAACAAGGGGAAAAAUAGUAUUAGGGUUCCUAUUAGGGUUGAUGAUGAUAUUAAGGAGUCUGUUAGGGCUAGAUGUGUAAAUGCUGCAACCAAGAGGAAAAAUAGAGAGGACCCAAUUGGGGUUGAGGAGGAUGAGAUUGAUUCUGUGGGAUAUAGGGGUGUUAAGACUGCAACUAAGGCGGUUGACAUUUCGGAUUUGGUGGAUCAGAAACCAGGCAAAACUUUAUCAGCCAAUAACUCCAAAGCAUUGAAGAUCUUGACCUAUAAUGUAUGGUUUGCAGAUAUAGAGAUGCCCAAGAGGAUGGAAGCUCUAGGUGACCUUAUUGUACUGCAUUCCCCAGAUGUUAUAUGUUUUCAGGAGGUUACUCCAGAAAGUUAUGACAUUUUUCAGCAGUCUAGUUGGUGGAAAAUGUAUUCUUGUUCAAUUUCAAAUGUGAUGGAACUUACGAGAGGAUACUUCUGCAUACAGUUAAGCAAACUUGGAGUGAAAUCCUACAGUUGCAAACCAUUUAGCAAUUCGAUAAUGGGAAGGGAACUGUGUAUUGCUGAGAUCGAAGUUCAGAAAGAUAAGACGUUGGUUGUUGCUACCAGCCAUCUUGAGAGUCCCUGCCCUGGGCCACCCAAAUGGGAUCAAAUGUUCAGCAAGGAACGUGUGGAGCAAGCUAAUGAAGCUGUGAAGUUACUUGAGACAAAGCCAAAUGUAAUUUUUUGUGGUGAUAUGAACUGGGAUGACAAACUGGAUGGUCAAUUUCCUCUACCUGAUGGGUGGGUUGAUGCUUGGGCAAAAAUGAAGCCUGAAGAAAUUGGUUGGACAUACGACACCAAGUCAAACAAAAUGUUAAGUGCCAACCGGACACUGCAGAAACGUUUGGACAGGUUCGUUUGCAAACUGCAAGAUUUCAGUAUAAGUGCUAUUAGUAUGAUUGGGAAGGAUGCAAUUCCACAUCUCACAUAUGUCAAAGAGAAAAAAGUGAAGAGUGAAGUUAAGAGACUUACACUACCUGUUUUGCCUAGUGAUCAUUUUGGCCUGCUUUUGGAGAUCUCUCCUCAGUAGUCCAAAGUUCAAAGAUAUAUUGCUUAUGAGCAGAGUGCUUCUAUUGCCUCCCCUUAUCCUUCUCUCAGUAUAUCAUCUUUGCUGUGUAGUUUUUGUUUAUUUGACCUCUAAUCAAUGUAAAGGGUCUUAAAAGCUUUGGUGGAGCAAUUUUUUGUGUACGUUACUUGUCCUCGUGAAUGCACAGAGGAUUCCGGAGAGUGGGGAUGAUAUGCAAAGAAUGAUACGUUCUAUGUCUUAUAGCUUCUUAUAGCAUAUCAGUUCUACGCUUCA